AAGGAGGCAGCCAACUUCACCUCCCAGGUCAUCAUUAUGAACCACCCUGGUCAGAUUGGCAAUGGCUACGCCCCAGUGCUGGACUGCAACACCUCCCACAUUGCUGUCAAGUUUGCUGAGUGGUGAGUGGUGACCAAGAUCGACAGGCGAUCUGGUAAGGAGCUGGAGGCGCUGCCCAAGUUCCUGAAGAAGGGUGAUGCCGGUAUCGUGAAGAUGAUUCCCACCAAGCCCAUGGUUGUGGAGACCUUCGCCGCCUACCCUCCUCUUGGCCGUUUUGCUGUGCGUGACAUGAGACAAACGGUUGCUGUUGGUGUCAUCAAGGGCGUGGAGAAGGAGGUUACCAAGGCUGCCAUCAAGAAAUGA